AUGGCAGACCAAAGAAAGAACAGGGCUCUUCUCAUUGUAAAUUAUGACUUCUAUAGAAGCCCAAACAGGCUCCUGGAUAGACCCGGUGCAGUGAAGGAAGCAGACAGGCUCUUCAAAGCAUUAUCCGACUGCAAUUAUGCCGUGCAAUUGCAUUAUGACUUGACAGCUAAGGAAAUACAAGAACUUUAUGAGAAAGAAUGUGAUGCAGAUCACGGAGACUAUUUUGUAAGCAUCCUAUCCAGCCACGGAGAGGAAGGGGUCAUAUUUGACUGUGAAGGACAACCAGUUAAGCUGACACAGAUUUUCGAAGCACUGUCUCUACCAAGGAGCCAUAAACUGGCUGGAAAACCCAAAAUCUUUUUCAUACAGGCCUGCCGUGGAGAGGAAAUUGAUCCAGGCGUGUGCUUGCAGACGGACAGUGGUGAACCACAAACAGACUGUUUUUCACACUAUCUUUCUAUCCCAGAAAAUACUGCAGUAAUGUUUGCUUGUAGUCCAGGCUACGCGGCUUUCAUCAACCGAUGGGAAUCCAUGUUCCUCAAGGCUUUACUGGAGUUACUGGAAGGAGAGAACCGUCAACUCGAACUUACCAGUUUAAUGACCUGGAUUAACUGGAGAGUUGCAUUUCAUUUCGAGGCCAAGGGGAAACACGGCGGUGGUAAAGAGAUGCCCUGCUUUGUCACCAAUAUGGUGAAAAAGGUUUACCCUUUCUCUUCGCAAAGGAGGCUCAGCUCAAGGCAGUAG